AAAACGUAACGAGACAAUCAAUGAGAAAGUGAGCGAGUACAGGUUGGGUGUAAGCCAAUAUAAAAGAGUGAAGUGUAGAUCGGCGUUAGUUGAAGUCCUGCAGCCCACUUGUCAACACGUCUCUUUCAUUUCUACCACGAAAAAGAAACCAGAAUCAUGCUCCGAAAGUUUGUCCAACAGGCCAGCACCCAGCUCUACCGAGCUGCCCACACCCAGCCUGCUGUAUCAGCUACAAUUACCAAAAAUGUAAUUGGUGAGAAAUCCCAAAUUUAUUUUGAGAAAGAGAGUAAAUAUGGUGCACACAACUACCACCCAAUCCCUGUGGCUAUCUGCAGGGGUGAAGGUAUAUAUGUGUGGGACGUAGAAGGUAACAAAUACUUUGACUUCCUGAGUGCAUACAGUGCUGUGAACCAGGGCCACUGUCACCCCAAAAUCAUCAAUGCCCUCAAACAGCAAGCAGAUAUUCUGACUCUCACGUCUCGCGCCUUCUACAAUAAUGUCCUUGGAAAUUAUGAAGAAUACAUGACAAAACUGUUUAACUACGACAAGGUGCUACCUAUGAACACAGGUGUUGAAGGUGGUGAAACUGCUUGUAAGUUGGCUCGGAAAUGGGGCUACAAAGUGAAAAAGAUCCCUGAAAACAAGGCCAAAAUUGUGUUUGCUGAAGGCAACUUCUGGGGCCGAACUCUUGCUGCUAUCUCUUCUUCAACUGACCCCAGCAGUUAUGAUGGGUUUGGACCAUACAUGCCUGGUCUCGCCAUUGCCCCAUAUAAUGAUUUAGCUGCCCUCGAGGAGCAUAUCAAAGACCCAAAUACUUGUGCCUUUAUGAUGGAACCCAUUCAAGGUGAAGCUGGGGUGGUUGUACCCCAUGAAGGUUACCUGCAGGGAGUCCGAAAGCUCUGUGAUAAAUACAAUGUGUUGUGGAUUGCCGAUGAAGUACAGACCGGAAUAGCAAGAACAGGAAAGAUGUUGGCUGUUGAUCACGAGAAUGUUCGACCUGACAUUGUCAUCUUGGGCAAGGCUUUGUCUGGUGGGGUUUUGCCGGUGUCUGCUAUUCUGGCUGAUGACGAGGUGAUGUUGACCAUCCAGCCAGGUGAACACGGCUCUACGUUUGGUGGGAAUCCUCUUGCAUGCCAAGUUGCCAUAGCAGCAAUGGAUGUGAUCAAAGAUGAAAUGUUGGUAGAGAACUCUGAGAAGAUGGGACAAAUCUUACGUGCGGAACUGUCCAAACUUCCGUCCUCCAUUGUUAAGACUGUACGAGGCAAAGGUUUACUCAAUGCCAUUGUCAUCGAUGCUAAAUACGAUGCCUGGGACGUCUGUCUGAAGCUUAAAGAAUACGGCCUCCUUGCCAAACCUACUCAUGGUGAUAUCAUCAGAUUUUCCCCUCCGUUGGUGAUCACAGAAUCCGAGCUACUCAAGUGUACAGAUAUUAUCUCUCACACACUCAAUGAGAUUGUUGGUCAUUAGAACAGUCCGGAAUGUACAGCCAGAACUGACCAACACCAACAAGUCUUAACCAUUCCUAGUAACCUUGAAUUCUGUUAGAUUCUUAAUUCUGUCCACCUUCCAAGCCAGAACCUUUUUCUUUCUUUGACAAUUGCUGGCUUCACUUUUGCAGGCCCCUAUUUUAAAUAUUAUUUUCUAAUUAAAUAAAAAGAGGAGGGGGGUAUCUUUUGGGAAUCUAGAGAGCACCAAAUACAAAUUCUCUCUCUUUAUACACCCACACAGUUAACUUUUGUUAGAAUUUGGUUCUACUAUCAUGGUUAUAAAUUUUCUAUCUGUUAAAGAUUUGUUGUAAACGAUUUGUUUUUUUAAAUGAAUAAACAAAAUAUUUCCCUU